GUGCUAUGAUUGGUUGUCUCCGGGCAGAGAGAAAAGACGCACAAAGCAAUAGGAUAUGACAAUUUCCCCCAACUUCUUUCUGCCAUGAAACAGUUUGGGGAGGAUGCAUUUCAUUGCUUAGAGUCAAAGCCUGUGAAAGAUUGGAUAAGAUGUAUGGAGAAAGAGACACUGGGGACCUUACCUGAAGAUAUGAUGGAGAGAAUUCUUUCUCAAGACAGCUACAGUAUUUACAACAGUGUUCAGGCUGUGGCAUGGGCCCUCCAUGCUGCACACUCAUCCAGAAUGCACUGGAGAGUGAUGGCAAGUGCAGGCAGGGUGAAAAACCAUCUGGUACAGCCAUGGCAGCUUCACCCUUUCCUGAGACAUGCCCACUUUUAUAAUAGUUCGAUCAUGAAUAGAGUUUACUUUGAUGAGAACGAGAACCUGGCAGCUGACUUUGAUAUUGUGAACUUUGUGGCAUUUCCCAAUAAGUCCAUUACUAGAGUGAAAGUUGGGAGCCUAGAAAGACAGGCAUCCUCAGAGAUCAAUAUCUCCAUUGACUUGAAAGCCAUUGUGUGGCCCAGGAGGUUUCAACAGACCCUGCCUCAUUCCAGAUGUACAGAAAGCUGUCGCCCUGGAUACGUCAAGGUGGUUAAGGAAGGAGAGCCAGUGUGCUGCUAUGACUGUACUCUAUGUACGAGAGGGACAAUCUCCACUCAGGAAGAUGCAGACCAUUGCAACAAGUGUCCAGAAGAUCAGCAUCCAAACCAGGACCAUGAUCAAUGUGUCCCUAAACUGAUAACAUUCCUGUCUUAUGAAGAGUCUUUGGGGAUCAUCCUAGCUUGCCUUGCACUGUUCUUCUCAUUAUGCACAGCAAUUGUUUUAGGACUCUUCAGUACAUACUUAGAAACUCCAGUUGUCAAAGCCAACAAUCGUGACCUCUCCUACAUGUUCCUGGUCUCUCUCCUACUCUCCUUCUUGUCCUCCUUUCUGUUCAUUGGUCAGCCCCAGAAGGUGUCCUGCCUUCUCCGGCAAACUGCCUUUAGUAUCAUCUUCUCAUUUGCUGUCUCUUGUGUGUUGGCCAAAACCAUCACGGUGGUGGUGGCAUUCACGGUCGCAAAGCCAGGGAACAGGAUGAGGAAAUGGCUGGGGAAGAGUCUGGUCAACUCCAUUGUCUUCUCCUGUUCCAUUGUUCAAGUGGGCAUUUGUACUGCCUGGCUGGCAAUCUCUCCUCCCUUCCCUGAUGCUGACAUGCACUCCCAAGCUGGGCAGAUCACCCUGCAAUGCAAUGAAGGGUCUGUCGCUAUGUUUUACACUGCCCUUGGCUACAUGGGCUUCCUGGCCGCCAUCUCUUUCACAGUGGCUUUCCUAGCCAGGAAGCUGCCUGGAUCCUUCAAUGAGGCCAAGCUGAUCACCUUCAGCAUGUUGGUCUUUUGCAGUGUGUGGGUGUCCUUUGUGCCCACCUACCUGAGCACCAAGGGGAAAUACAUGGUGGCUGUGCAGGUCUUCUCCAUCUUGGCCUCCAGCCUGGGCUUACUGGGUUGCAUCUUUCUUCCCAAAUGCUACAUCAUUGUUCUGAGACCUGAUCUAAACACAAAGGAGCAUUUGAUGGUGAAAGCUAAACGUUAUGCCUGAUAAUUCCUGUGUUCUUUUUUUUUUUUUUGCAGUGCUGUGACCAGUAUGGUUGUAAUGGACAUAUAAAAUGCCUUUGGAUAAUUUUAUGAAAGGCAGUAUA